CCCCCUUUAAAACAUCUUUGUCUCUGCUUAGUGAGUUCCGCUGUGCAAAGAGGAGGCAUCAGCAUCUUAGAUAACGUUAUUAAAAAUGUCUUUCAAAAGGGAAGGUGAUGAUCAAAGUCAGCUAAAUGUCCUUAAGAAACGGCGUGUUGCGGAUUUACUGUCCAACUUCAUACCAGAGGACGAGGCAGUUCUGAUGAAAAAUGGAAGGUAUAGCUGUUUAGUGUGUUCACAUCGUCCUGUUUUUGACACUGUGGAUAUGCUGGCCAUACACAGAAAGGGAAAGCGUCAUCUUGAAGGUCUAAAAUGGUUUUAUGGCAGAAAAGCUCGACUACAAAAUGAAACUGAUAAGAAGCGACAUCAAGAAUAUGUUAAUAAAGAAGAAGACCAACAGGAAGCUGGCCGCUCAGCACCGUUGCUCACAGAGACAAGAAAAAUUACUCACCAUGCCUUACUAAGAUCUGCUCCUUACAGCAGCUGUCAUAAGAAGGCCAGUGAAAGAUCUGAGAGCGUUACAAUGGGAUUCAGCCCAAUGGUGAGCGCUGACAGUGUUUCUCAGAGCUAUAAAGCCACUGCCAAGAACAACAUCCACACAGAAACCAAACCUGCUUAUGCUGAAACAAAUCCAAAUCAGGGCCAGAAUGGGAAACAAAUGAAGAAAAAGGACGCCAAGAAGGACUCCAAGGCUGUCAGUUUGUCUGAGUCUGAGCCCUGGACAGAGCAGAGACGCAGCGAACUAGAACACUACCUUAAGUUAAAGAGUGCCGGUUGGCUACAGGACCCAAGUGGUAAAUGGGUAAAGGAUGAAAAUGUGGAGUUUGAUUCAGAUGAGGAAGAACCACUCCCACUACUACCCUCUAGUGAAACGACAUAGAUUGCACUGGAAAGGCACUUCUGGCAACUUCAUGCUCUCUGCACAAGAUUUCUUCCUCUCCGUUUCUUCAGAUUAAACCUCUUUGCUGUGUUAAAAUGUGUGCCCAGAAAACACAGGCCAAGAGAAGAGGGACUGCAGACCUAACUGCUGUUCAAUGAAGAAGUAUAUUUGUACCCCAAGAUCUGCGUUGUUAACAUGUGAAGAAUGUGCCAUCUUGAAGAAGGCUAAUUUAUAGAAUGGAUUGCUUUGCAACAAAAGGGAAAAAGGAUAAUGUUUUCUCUAAACAUGUCAGAUGAGUCAGGUUUAUGCAUUCAUCUGCAUUUGUCUGUAGCAGUACUCUUUGUUAGACUAUGUCCUUAUACCAUGAGAGAUCACAGGGGUAGAACAGAAUCAGAUAUGGAAUUACAGCUUGUAAAUCACAGCUCUGGGUACUCUGCCAAAUGCCACAGUGGGGUGUGUGUUAUAGAACCUCUGCUGCCCUCUAAGUUUAACCACAAAUGUCCUGUUAAUUGUAAGAAACAAAAUGCACAGUGUGUCAGUUAACUAGUAACUAGUUAUUUUGUAGAUGUUUAGUUCACUGGCAUUAUGUAUAUAGACACAGAUCUCAAGAAAAAAUGUCUUGAGAGGUUAGCAGCUGUUCCACAGAAGGAACCUUAAUCUUCUGUAAACUCCCCCUUCCCUCCUGACCUGGGAAAGAGUUAUAUUUGGUGCUCUGUAACUCAAUCCCUUGGGACUGGCUUUCAGAUCUCCUAGUCUGUAGGUAUAAAUAGUCAGGUGGCAGAGGAUCAGGGAGAGCUAUGAUGGGGAAUUGAAUAGUUCCGACUGGGCUGAGCUCAAAGGGCUCAACGGUAACGAGCUCUGUCUUCACAAUGAACUCCUCACACAAUGGUUCAUCACUAUGAACAGAGCAGAGAGGAAAGCUGUACUUUCAGUCAUGCUUGACUUAAAAUCUCAGUUUUGCAACUUUUGUCAUCUGUGUUAAUAAAUGCAUGCAUUUCUGAUCUGCUUAUAGCAGCAUUCUGACUAGUGCUGCUAUGCAGCAAAUCCAUCUUUGAGGAUAAAUGGACUUGUUGAUACGUUAAAUGUCCUACAUUUCUAAGAAUAAAUAAAUGUUUUUUUACAUUG